AUGUCUGUACCAAGAUCCCAAAAAGUGAACUUUGGGACAUAUGAUAAUUACAUCCCAGACAGUGAAUUAAGUAAAAAAUCAUGGAAUCAACAACAUUUUGCCCUGGUAUUUCCCAAACCACCACAGCCAGGAACAAAAAGGAGAUCAAAACCUUCCCAACUACAAGACAAAACAGUUCCUAGAUAUGAUGAAGACAAAUUAAAGGGAUCUCAUAAACCACCAUUAUGGAUGCACCGUUCUUUAAUGAGAAUUUCUGAGAGACCAUCUGUUUAUUUAGCUGCUAGGAGGCAGCCUCCACAGAAACCAGCUCAACACUCCAGGGAGGAUGCUAAAGAUGUAGCAAAACUUUUAUCUCCAUCAAUAAUUAAGAAAAGUAAGGAAGACAAGAAGGACAAAUCAGAUUCGGAAGCAGAGUCCACAGUUUCAGAGGAAAAACUUAGGAAAGGUUCAAAGGAAGAACCAGAAGCUAAAGAAGAGAAAGCAGAUGCAAAGAAAGAUGCCAAAAUAGAGAAAAAAGGUUCAAAGAAGGGCAAGGAGCCAGUUACAGAAUGUGAAGAUGAAAAAGCAGGUGCAAAAAAAGGUUCUAAAAAAUACAAGAAAGGUUCAAAGAAGGACAAAGACUCAGCUACAGAAUCAGAAGGUGAAAAAGGAGAUGCAAAGAAAGACUCUAAAAAAAAUAAGAAAGGGUCAAAGAAGGGCAAGGAGUCUGAUACAGAAACAGAAGGUGAAAAGGGAGAUGCAAAGAAAGAUUCAAAAAAAGAUAAGAAAUGUUCAAAGAAGGGCAAGGAGUCCAUUAAAGAAUCAGAAGGUGAAAAAGGAGAUGCAAAGAAAGAUUCCAAAAAAGAUAAGAAAGGUUCAAAGAAGGGCAGGGAGUCCAUUACAGAACCAGAAGGUGAAAAGAAGGAUGGAAAGAAGGAUAAGAAAGGGAACAAGGAUUCAAAGAAACUUGGUGAGAAAGGAGAUGAAUCGAAGGACAAGAAAGAUUCAAAGAAGAAGCAGAGUAAAAAAGAUAAGAAAGAUGAAAAGAAGCCCAGUGAGGCAGAUACUGAGUCAAAAGAUGCUGCCAAGAAAGAGACUGACACAAAAUCUGCUGAAUCAAAGAAAGAUGCCAAGGAUGCAAAGAAAGAUGCCAAGAAGGGCAAGUAG